AUGGACACCGACAAUGUUCCUGAUCCUGAUCAUGCCGCUCUCGCCCUUGAACACCCUAGUGUUUGUCUCAUGUGCCAACUCUGGGACCUUCAUUGCUGGCCUCAGGAUCGAGCGCCCGGCGAGAGGUGCGGUGGUUGCGAGACCAAUGGACUCGUUUGCCUCGACCCAGAAUCUGCCGUCCUUUUAUUUGGCACUGACGCUUCCUCUAUACUGGGCAUCUAUCCUCUCGGGCUACUUGAUGGUCCCAUUUAUUAUGAGGGCCCCGAAGGUGCGAAUUCGGGACUGGCUCGGCUCGUUCUCCGUCAAGUCGCAGCAUUGGCUUGCGCCAUGCCCUCCCUCAGAACCCUUGCAGGAUCCGACCAGUUUGGUCUUCCUUCUGCAGGUUCUGAUGAUGGCGGCGAGGCUGCUUCGGGCGGUACACUAGUCCCCGGCCCUGGUGAUGAAGCAAUGUCCACUUCUACAACCACUUGGCAACCAAACUCGAUGGUUCCUGGUGGUUAUGCCAGUGUCUCAAUGCCAGAACACACCGUUGCUAGAAGAAAUCCCUUCACUCAACCUUUCGGUGCUAAUGCCCGUCGGGGAACCUACUGGAACACCGUUAUUGUCACGCUAUCCUCCAUUCCGUCCCCGCAAAGCUACUUCUCUGUCCCGCAUGCUCUGGGCGCGGACUUUGUCCCACGGGAGGGCAUCUUGAACCGGGUUCUUCAAAGCCUCUCCCCUGGACCCAACACCAGUGACCACAAUGUUAUCUUCCUAGAAGGCCUCCCAGGGUCUGGAAAGACCACGAUGGCUCUCAAUGUUGCCUACGAAGUUCGCGAGCGCUAUCCAGAGCACUCUGUUUUCUGGCUGUCAGCGACAAGCUUGAGCGAGUUGCAGGACUCUUACAAACGAGUCGCCAAUGUUCUUGGGAUACAACUACACCAAGAUAUCGCCACUGACCAUUUGCAAAUCACUCAAGCACUUGAGCAGCUUGACCAAGGCCAUUGGCUUUGCAUCAUCGACACUGAGCAGCAUAUCCGCCCAGAUGGUUCCAACCCUCUCUGGCAGUACCUCCCACGAAAUAAGAAUGGGAUGAUACUCAUCACAGGGAGGAGCAGCCAGGCCGCCGCGAGUCUCGGCGCCCUGCCAGAGAACAUCAUCAACGUGUCGCGCAUGACUGAUGACGAAGCCGUCAAGCUCUGGCGUCAAAGCAUGUUUAACGACGUUGAAUAUGACACUGGGAGCAGACUGGAGAUGAUCAAACAUCUGGGGCAUUCACCUCUGGCAAUCAAGAAGGCGUGCAGCUAUAUCACAAUGAGCUGGAAAAUCGCGGUUGAAGCCAUCAGGGUUGGCGAUGUCGUCGCCGAGCAGCCGCCGCUUGUGAAUGUUACAAUCUCGCUGGCAGAGAAAUUCGACCCUUUGUUCCGCUUGAUCAAGCGUAAGGAGCCAUUUGCGUGGAAGGCUUUGUCCUUCAUGUGCUAUCUUGCUGCAGCUCCUAUCCCGUUGUCUCUGCUUCCAGAGCCACCUCAGGGAGUUGAAAUCUAUGAGGUCCUCCAAAGGCUCAAGGAAUACUCCUUCAUCCUCCCUGGCGAGGAACGCCCGUCCAGCUCAAUUCAGAUUGAUCCGAUUGUGCAGCUUUCGUUGCGAGUUUGGCUGGGCAGUGAAAAUGAGCAGGACCAGGUGGUCAAUGCAACCAUGAUCGAGCUUGCUGCGAGGCUGCCGCCACCCACGACCAGUUUGUGGGAGGAGUACUUCCCGCAUCUGUGGGCUGUUCUUAGGUUCGCACACAACACUGAGCUGAGCCCUGAGAUCAUGGUACGCUCCAAAUUCGGCCUCGGCCUCUGGGAAAUGGAUCAACGCGACGAUGCGCAGAUGCAGUUGGCGAAUUGCGUCAUGCUCAGCACACUAGGCGAGCGCCCGAAACCCAUGGGCUUGGCCUUGUGUGUCGAGAUUAUGGCGCUGUUCAUGAAAGAGGACGGCAGACUCGAUGAAGCUGAGGUCUAUAGACCAGGCGCUCCCGAUUCGAAAUUGAUCCCACCUUUCUUGUGGAAUCUACAUUUCCGGUAUAACUGUCUGGAUCUUGCGGUCCAGAGGCAGCGUAUCCUGGAGCAGGUUCACCUGUAUCCUAGCAUUCAGAGGAUCUUGCAGAAUCAACUUGAAUGGAACAUCUCUAUUUGA